AUGAACGUUGUAAAAGACGUAAAGUCGAAUAUUCAAAAGAUAAUAGAAACGAAAAUGAGGUUGACGAUGUUGGAACCAUCUCAACCUCAAGUGAGCUAUACAGCUGAUACAGCAGAGAGGAUACCAUCACCACCAGAAAUUGAAAUCUUGGCGUUAACAUCAGCUGCAGAAGAUACACCCAUAACAAUGCCAGCAGAUGUAACAUCUCCACCAGCACAUCCUGUGAGUCUUGUGCCAGGACCUUCAAAUAGUAGAAAUAUACAAGGAGAAGGUCGCCGGUAUCUGCUGGCCCUUCUACACCUCAUCGUCGCUGUCUCAAACAGUGGAGACUGCGACGAACACCAUUUGACCGAACCAUCAGCGAGUUUGUGGCAAUAUAGGAGAAUCGGUUGCGUUUCGAAAGGGAGAGGGAUGCACGUCAACACGAGCUUGAAACUGAACGACUUAAAAUAG